CAUUCCACCUUUACCCAAACACCUGUGGCAUGGCCAGCCGGAGACCGAAAGAUGCCAAACACAAUUGGAACCAGGAAAAUGUUGCCAACGGCUGGAAUACUCCCGAAGUUCUGAAUCUUAGUUUAGCUUCAUUGCAAGUCAAUGGCAGCACACAAAAGCCAUCGCCUAACCAGCACAUUCCAAAGCCUUCACCGCGAUCGUCAACAUCGGCAAGUCGGCAAUGGGAUUUUACAAAUAGUAACGACAGCUUGAAUGUUACCGACUGGAAAUCUCCAGUUGGCAUUACCAUAACUCAAGGCCGCGAAGAGAUCUUCCUUGCAACACAAAGCUCACCUAAGCCGGCGGCGGACGAGGCUACGUACGGCGGCGAAUGGGUAGACCUUGAUUGGCAACAGAAAGGCGUUAAGGGCAGCAAGAAACAUAAUCCAUUUGUACACUAUACCACUCCACACGAUACUCGAGCUUUCAAGCUACAGGUUACGGCCAACGAUGCUCCCUACUUUGUUGAGGUAGAAGUUGAUCAUGAAGCGUUUAGAGACCACCCCAUUGUUCCCAGCCGCGAAGAACUCCUCAAUCCUCCCGUUCAUCUUCUUAAACACAACACAAUGCCUUCCAAAGAACGUAGUAACAACACUGAUCGCGGUCAGAUUCCUGGAGUUCCCGUCAUGAGAGUCUUUGGCCCAUACGAUAAUGUAGAUCAAUAUGCGCAUACACAAUUUGAAUUAUUGCGCUAUGAUUGUCUCAUACCUUUACAAAUGGCCAUUACCAGUUACAAAACCAUUUGCAAUCCUCCCACUAUAACCGAUCAAACUGAAGCCGCUUCCUAUGCGCAAAGAUGCGAAUCCCUUCAGCGGAACUUUCGUGUUUACGAAAAUGUUCAACUGGAUAGUCUUGUGUUUGGAUUCCAUCAAGUUGUUUAUCGAAUCAGCUUUCGUUUACCCUAUGGUGUUUCGGUGAAUUGGGAAGCCUCCAAACGACUCAUUCCCGGCACACUUGUCUUGUUGUCCAAGGAUGGUUUUGAGAAGGACAUCAAAGUCGCUUGCGUAUCUCAUCGAGAAGUCAAACCGCUGACAGGAAGAAACCGAUUCGAAUUCCUUCUCGACAUCUCGGUAGAAAACGACAACGAUGCUGAUCCUUUGGGGUACGGUGAUCCGAAUGGAAACAGUACACCUCAUGUGAUGCUGGAAGCGACUAGUGGCUAUUUUGAAGCUUAUAAACACAUUAUGACUGUCUUACAGGAUGUGACAGUUUCGACCUUGCCGCUUGCAUCUCAUCUCAUCAAUUUGGAUAAGAAAAUUGGAAUUCCAAAGUAUGCUCAAUUGAAACGAUUCUAUGAUCUUUCUCUCGAACCCCCUACUGUGAAAGGAGAACCACCCAAGUUUCCUGUGGAUAUUACAAAACUCUUCCCACCCUAUCCGGAAAUGGGCUUGGAUGAAACACAAUAUCGAGCUUUACAACGGAUCUUAAGUCGAAAGGUGUCUAUCGUUCAAGGUCCACCUGGUACUGGUAAAACACAUGUCGGUCUGGCUGCCACUCUGAUUCUAUUGAAGAACUUUGAAAACGACAUUUCGCUUGGACCUAUUGUCUGUAUCUGUCAGACAAAUCAUGCCAUUGAUCAGUUUUUGGAACAUAUCCUCAAACACAAUCAAAAUAUAGUACGUGUUGGUGGUCGAAGCAAAUCAGAAGCCUUGACCAACCACACCCUGUAUGAGCUACGAAAAGCAGAAAGAGAGAUGGGUCUUUCACGUAUAUUUCGCAAGAGACACGAACUUCAAAAGAAAAUUAAUGACCUGCUAUUCGAAAUGUAUGAGGAACCAUGUGUUUCCAUAGACUUUAUCACUAAGGCACGACUCCUUUCACCGCAGCAAAUCGAUAGCUUAAGGCGGAUGACAGAUCCUAACCAGAUCAAGGAGAGGAAGAAACAUCCAGACGAUGACCUAGAUGACGAGUGGGUCAUCAAUUCUGACAUCCCAACUAAUUUCACUAAUAACCGUGGCAAAGAUAACCAAGAAGGCAGCCAUGCCAACAAGGAGCCUGUCGUGAACAAGAAACCUCCCAACCCUGUUGAACUGUGGCUUGGUGGAGCGGUCAGUACUGUCCAUCCAUUGCAAGCUUUACCUGGCUAUGAAGAAUUGGAUAUCGCCAAAGGAGAGUUUUUGGAGCAACAAAAGGGCCUGGUGAUUGAUAAAGAGGCUGAUGAAGAAGAUGCCAUGGAUGAAGAAGAAGUCAGAGAAAACAUCCAGAACUUCAAGGAUGAAAGCAACAGUAGCAAUAGAAAGGAUCCCUGCAUUGGCCUCAACCGCACUUACUGGUUUCAACCAUCCAAUCCAACCAAAGGGGCUUCCCCUGUGAACAAUGCUCCAGGUGCCAGCAACAGUCUUGCUGAACGUCGGGCUGUCAACUAUGAUUGGAAAGACAAUUCGGUGGGCCAACAGCGGAGAACAAAAUGGCAACUGAGCGACGACUGGAGUGUGUGGUGCCGAGGGUCCAAUGACCUUAGAGAAUGGCCCAUGGCAGUUCGACUCCAAGCGCACCGUGCUUGGAUGGAUUUGCGAAACAGAGAAAUUGUGAGAACCAUUCGAAGUAUCACGAAACAGUAUGGCGCUCUGUCUCGAGAUUUCAAAGCCAUACGGACAGCAACGGAUGCCAAAAUAUGCAGGCGAAAUCGCGUUAUCGGUAUGACCAGUACCGCUGCAGCUAAAUACCACCAUCUUUUAGAAGCGGUUAAACCACGUGUCAUUAUCUUUGAAGAAGCUGGUGAGAUGUUGGAGUCCCACAUUAUCAGCUCCAUCACUUCAUCUACACAGCAUAUCAUUCUCAUAGGAGAUCAGCAACAGCUCCGACCUAAUCCAUCGGUAUAUGCACUGGGUGAAUACCACAAUUUCAAUGUGUCGCUAUUCGAACGCUUAAUUGUCAAUGAUAUGCCAUUCACCAGACUAUCCCAUCAGCGUCGCAUGGCACCCAAGAUACGAAGUCUAGUCAACCCCAUCUACCGCAACCCUCCGUUGAUGGAUCACCCUUAUGUACAUACCUAUCGAUCCAUUCCUGGCAUGAUGCAAAACUUGUUCUUCUUAAUUCAUAAUGAGCCAGAGUCUCAUAUCUCGGAGUCUGCCUCAAAAUAUAAUGAACAUGAGGCUCAGAUGGCGGUACUGCUGACAUCGUAUUUGAUUAUGCAAGGCAUUCCACCCGAUAUGAUCACCAUCCUUACCAUGUACUCUGGUCAGCUACGUAAAUUGAGGGAAUGUCUUCGCAAGGAGCGGCGAAUGGGAGAAGAUACCAACCUUGUUCGAAUCAGCAGUGUCGAUGGAUUUCAAGGCGAAGAAAGUGAGGUGGUAAUUCUAAGUCUGGUGCGAAGUAACAGCAUGGGAGCCAUUGGAUUUCUUAAAGUCGUCAACCGAGUCUGUGUCGCAUUGUCCCGGGCGAAGAAGGGAAUGUACAUUAUAGGGAACGGAGCUAUGCUGUGUCAACGAAGUGAACUGUGGAACGAAAUCAUCGGGAAUCUGGAAGAUCAACACCCAGACUGUAUCGGCGAGCAGUUGAUGCUACGCUGUCAGCAACACCCGGAUCGAGUGACAUCGGUUCGAUAUCCUGUUGAUUUUAAAGAUGUUGAAGAAGGUGGAUGUGGGCAACCCUGCGAAAUCAUCCUGCCUUGCGGACAUAAGUGCCCCGCCAAAUGCCAUGUUUAUCCGCAUGAGGACAACGUCGUGUGUCGCCAACCCUGUCUCUUGACGCACCCAACGUGUGGCCAUGCCUGCCUACGUCAAUGCCGUGAACCAUGUGGAAAAUGCCUAUCUUUCGUGCGAGUGCGUAUGAAUUGCGGACACGAGAUGGAGAUAGCCUGCGGUGACACGACACCCGCCAAAUGCAACAAAUGCCUACCUUCUUCGUGGUAAAACUCAGAUGGAGGAGGAAAUUUUCAAAGAAGUCCCAAUUUAGCAAUUCAACCCUUUUUUGAUCAAAUU